AUGGCUAGUCGCAAGUAUGAAUGUGGAGAGAAUAAUAAAAUAGAUGUUCUUACUGCUAUAAAAUAUAUUGCUCACGCAUGGAAAGAAAUAUCAUCAGAAAUGGUGCAUAAUUGCUUUAAAUAUACUGAAAUCCUUCCGGUUAUUCAAGAUAAUGAAGAACUUGUUAGUAAUGAUAAUGAUAAUGAGUUAAUAAAAGAAUUGCAUAUGGAUAUUGAGGCACUCUGCCUUCGAAAUGUAAUGGAUCUUGACAAUUUUAUUAAUUAUCUGGAAGAAAGUAAUACAACUGAAAUAUUAACUGACCAAGAAAUCCUGAACCUAACCACUAGUGUGGUACCUGAGGAAAAUCAAAAUGACAAUGAGGAUAACAGCGUAGAAAUAUGCCAGAUUACUCAUAAUGAAGCACUAAACACUGUAGGCUUACUUGAACAAUACCUUUUCCAGCAGGAUUUUGGUAAUAUGGCUCGAUCAGAACAUGAUGAAGCUCUAUCUAAGUUACAGAGGGCAAUAAGGAAAUUCCAAAAUGCGUCUUUGAGACAAGUUGAUCUUGAAGCCUUUUUCAAAUUAGUAGAUUCUUAA